CAGUCAGUCUUUUGCAGUUGGUCAAUGCACUCCUAGGCCAAUUAAGAACCUACUCCUACCAGACCGGUGUAUUGUAGAGACUACCAGGUUCUGUCGCCCCUCCAGCGAAAUGGUUUCUACCAAAGAUGGCCGCCGCCAGGUGAAAAAUUAUGGUUUCUUGAAAACAAGAUUUGUCUGUUACAGCCUGCCAUCUACUGCAGAAAGUUCAGAGGUCACCCGUCACCAUGGAGAUGCUAAAGAAGCUCCAGAGCACCGUGCAGAGCACAGUGAGCAGCGCGGCGAGCUCCGUCCUCGGCAACCCCGUAACCAGGGAGUUUGAGAUCAGGAACCACGUGGCCAGCGGAGGGCCGGGAUGUCUGUGGAAGAUCUACAAUGGGAUCAAGAAAACCACCAAACAGGAGGUGUCAGUGUUUGUGUGUGAGAAGAGGCAGUUCGAGAGGAUGAACCGGAGGGACCGUGAUGCUGUGAUCGAGGCCAUGAAGCGAGGCGUUACCCAGCUGACCCGACUCAGACACCCACGUCUGCUCACCGUUCAGCAUCCACUGGAGGAGUCAAGAGACAGCCUGGCAUUUGCCACCGAGCCUGUGUUCGCCAGCCUUGCUAACGUGUUGGGGAACUAUGAGAACAUGCCGACACCUGUACCUGCUGCCAUCAAGGACCACCAGCUGUACGAGGUCGAGAUCAAGUAUGGACUCUUACAGGUGACAGAAGGUCUGGCUUUCCUCCACAAUGACGUGAAGAUGGUCCAUGGUAACCUAACACCAGAGGUCAUCAUCCUGAACAAGAACGGAGCCUGGAAGGUCGCAGGGUUCGAGUUCUGCAUCCCCUCAUCCAACCCUCCAGAUCAGGCUGCAUUCUUCUCUGCUAAGGAGUACGAUGAAAACCUGACACCACUGGCCCAGCAGACCUUGAACUACCAUGCUCCCGAGUAUGUGCUGCAGUGCUCCUGCGACACGCCAGGGGACCUGUUCUCGCUGGGCAUGCUGUUCUACGCCAUCUUCAACCAAGGCAAGACCAUCAUGGACUGUGGGUCGAGUCUGCUAACGUACAAGAGAAACAUAGAACAGCUUGGCUCUCUGCGGAUGUCCGUCCUGGGCAGUGUUCCUGACCCCGUGAGGGAGUGUGUCAAACUCAUGCUGAACGUGGAACCCACAGUCAGACCCGAUGCCGACCAGAUGUCAAAGAUCCCAUUCUUUGACGACGUUGGUGCGAUGACCCUGCAAUACCUGGACACGCUCCUCCAGAGGGACAAUCUUCAGAAGUCUCAGUUCUUCAAGGGUCUGCCCAAGGUCAUGUCUAAACUGCCAAAGAGAGUGCUGCUACAAAGGGUGCUGCCAUGUCUCACCCAGGAGUUUGUGAACCCCGACAUGAUACCCUUUGUCCUGCCAAACGUGCUGCUUAUUUCCGAUGACUGCUCCAAUGAGGAAUACACCAGGCUGGUCCUCCCUCAGCUCAAGCCUGUCUUCAAGGUUACAGAACCAGUUCAGAUUGUAGUAAUCCUCCUGCAAAAGAUGGAUCUGCUCCUUAGCAAGACUCCCGCCCAGGAUGUGAAGGACCAUGUCCUCCCCAUGGUUUAUAGAGCAAUGGAAUCUUCCAUGCAGCCUAUACAGGAGCGAUGUCUGGCCAUCAUCCCCACCUUCUCCAGUAUGGUGGACUUCUCCACCAUGAAACAUUCCAUCAUACCCAGGAUCAAGACCAUGUGUCUACAGACAAGCUCACUAUCGGUGCGAGUGAACUGCCUGGUGUGUCUGGGGAAGAUGCUAGAGUCCCUGGAUAAGUGGUUUGUGCUGGAUGAGAUCCUCCCCAUGCUACAGGAGAUCCCCUCCAGGGAACCCGCUGUACUGAUGGGGAUGUUAGGAAUCUAUAAGAUGACCCUGGAGCAUAAGAAGCUGGGGAUCCCGAGGGACGUGCUGGCCACAAAAGUCCUGCCCUUCCUCCUUCCCAUCGUCAUUGACAACGGGCUCAACCUUAAACAGUUCAAUGCGUUUAUGUCGGUGAUAAAGGAGAUGGUUCGGCAGGUGGAGCAGGAGCAGAGGACCAAACUGGAGCAGCUCCACUCCAUGCAGGAGGAGCAGCAGAGGAGCAGUCUGGCAUUUACUCAAGUUUCUUCAGACGACAACAAAGGUACCAACAGUAUGUUUGCGGGUGGUGGUGGUGGUGGUGAACAACAAAAUGGUGGUUCUGACUCCAUGAUGGACAAGAUCUGGAGCAGUUUUGGACUGGGCGGUUCCAAACCUGUUGCUAAGGAACCGGUAGCAGCCUCCAUGUCUGGAUCUCCUGCUGCAUCCAUGAGGUCAUCCUCCUCCUCAUUGGUCGACAGGGAGGAACCAGCUGUAUCAUUAGACAUGUCACCUGGCAGGAUGCCCAACCAACCAGCUAAGGUGAACCUGACCUUGGAGGAGAAGCAGCGAUUGGCUCGUGACCAGGAGCAGCAGAGACGUCUCAAGACCCAAGGCCCCAUAGCUCCCCAAGCUGCCAAGCCAACGUCCUCAUCACCCAAACCCAGAGACCUCUCUAAAACCCUGUUGGACUCCAAACCUAUGGUGCCCCCAAGUACAGGAAUGAUGGGAAGUUCACAAGGGAUGAUGGGAGGAAGCACGUGCUGGAGCAUGAUGGGAAGUACGACGACAACUUCCAUGGGAAUGAUGGGAAUGACCUCAACUUCCUCUGGAAUGAUGGGAAGUGGACCCACUCAAAGCAUGAUGGGAAUGUCCUCCCAAGGCAUGAUGGGAAUGUCAUCUCAGGGGAUGAUGGGAACUGGGGGGCAAGGGAUGAUGGGAAAGAUGGGCAAUCAGGGAAUGAUAGGUGGGACUACUGGGGCAUCUGGAUUUCAAGGUCAAACUCAAGCCAAACCAGACUUGUCCUCCUUAGAUAAUCUAUUUGGACCUCCGAAGCAGAAAGUUCCCAUGGGCCAGAUGACAUCAUCACAGCAGCAGCCAAUGGGAUUUAGUCCAUUGGGAGGUACCAACACGGGUGGCAUGGGGGGUUGGCCACCUCCUGAUAUCUCUCAACAACAACAGCAGCAGAAACCUGCACAGAACCUCAGCAGAGGGGACAUUAUGGACUUUCUAGGGUAGCUGGUUGAUUAAUGUACAGGGGUGAAUCACAGUGUGUAGACAUACGUGAAGGCUGUUAGCCAGGAUGGGAGAGUUGUUGACCAAGAGUUGCCAGUCAUUGUUGUACUUUGUACAACCAAGGAGGUUAAAAAGAAAGGAUACAGCUCAUUGGGAUGGUCGCUA